AUGUCUCGAAUUGCAAAGAAGCGGCGCCGAGCACGAGACAACGUACGGUUCUACGACGACGAUGACGACGAGACUGCCAGAUAUCAAGAUCGCACACUGGCUGCUGUUUCACGCCACCAACAUACAUCGUUCGCAACGACGGUUUCCGGGGUGUCGACGCGUACAUCUGGCAUAACUACAGCAGAUGCUCCCCCUCCCGGCGCACAACCUCCAAUCUAUGCGGGCAUUGGCAACACGAACGCCUCUAUAAACGAGCCACCGGAACCCUACGUUGCUUGGGAGCCAGAGCUUGGCGAUGGCGAGGCAUUUGAAACGCUUCCACAGGAAUUCUUCACAGAUAUUGGUGAAUAUCUCGAGGUCACCAAGCAUCGCAAACGCACCGCUAGCGACCAUCCUCUACGGGAAUGGGCGAAAGAUUCCAUCGACGAAUGGCUCGCUGAGCUGAUUCGUCACGAAGGACGUGGUGACUUCGCAUACAAUACUUGUGUGGGCUGUGAUUCGGACGCUGGCGAAACCCUUUAUCGUUGCGACGACUGCUGGGAUCUACGGUUCUACUGUGGAGAAUGUACUCUCAAUCGACAUCGCCGCAAUCCAUUCCAUCGCCUGAAGAGCUGGACAGACGGUCGACUCUGCAAGACGACCCUCAAGAAGAUAGGCCUACGCAUCCAGAUGGGCCAUGCAUAUGGCGACGCAUGCAUCAAUCCCCAGAGAGCCUUUGGUGACGAUUUCGUCGUGCUGGAUGUUUCCGGUAUUCACGAAGUCGCUGUUGAUUACUGCGGCUGCGAGACUGCCGAGCCGAAACAUACUCAACUGCUGCGCUCGCGACUCUUUCCGGCUACACGCAUCGAUCCCAAGACGGCCGCGACGUUUCGCCUGAUGGAGUACUACCACGUCCUUCACAAUCAGACGAAGGCAUCGGGCUUCGAGUUUUUCAAUACACUUUCGAGAAGGACAGACAACACGGGGACAGAGGAACCGAAGGGACGAUACCAUAGCUUCAUGCGUAUGGCGCGCAUGUGGCUUCAUCUGAAGAUGCUGAAGCGGUUUGGCCGUGGUCACGACCCGGGUGGAGUGCGGGCUACAGAGCCUGGGUCCUGUGCAGUUCUCUGCCCCGCUUGUCCACACCCUGACAAGAAUCUGCCUUCCGAUUGGGCAGAUGCCCCGCCAGAGAAAAGCUGGCUGUACCGGCUGUUCGUCGGUAUGGACGCGAACUUCCGCCUGAAGCGCAAGGACGUAUCAACUGACUCGGUCGAUCCUGGUCUCAACCGAGGCUAUGCGUACUUCGUCGAGGAAACCGAGUACAAGGCUCACCUGAAAACGCACGACAAAGGCGAGAAGGUCGAGAAGAGCACGUGCAACAGCCACGACGCCGUGAAGCUCGCAAAUAUGAGAGGAAGUAACGGCACCGCGGCUAGUGGAGUUGGGACUGUAGAAUGUGUACGCCACGACAUGAAGCGACCAUGCUCGGUGGGCGACCUCCAGAAGGGCGAGCGGUACGUCAACAUGGACUACCUGUUUGCGAGUAGUCUGCGCCAGCAUACGACGACACGUGUUGUGGUUUCCUAUGACAUCGCCUGUCAGUGGAGCGUCAACCUCUGGCAAAGGAUGCUGCAGUACGACUUUGAUUGGGACGUCGACAGGCGAACAAUCACGUUUCUCAUUCCCAAAUUCCACCUUCCAGCGCAUCAGGAGAGUUGCCAUACCAAGUACUCGUUCCACUUCAUCAAACAUGUGGGGCGCACGGACGGGGAGGCUGUUGAGCGUGGGUGGGCCGCGGUGAACGGGUUCUCUGGCAGUACAAAGGAGAUGGGACCGGGCUCCCGUCGCGACGUCCUUGAUGACGCCUUCGGAGACUAUAACUGGCGCAAGGUUGUCCAGCUCCUAAUUAUUGACGUGUCCGUAGCGAAGACUUUGUUUGACAGGGUCAAGACCGCAGUCGAAGAGCGCAGCAAGCAAGUUGCUGAGUUCCAGGACCUCACGCAUGUCACGAAUCCCACGCACAUCGCUGAGUGGACACAGCAGGUCGAAGCUUGGGAAGACGGAGCCGACUACAAUCCGUUUGUCGCCACUCGUCGUGCCAUCUCGCUGGCUUCCGUACGCCUUUCUCUCGCCGAGGAGGAGUCAGCUGCUAUAGAGUCCGGAGAUCUCGUCUUACUGCACGGCGACGUGUCUCCGAGCAUGCUGAUCAUUGCUGGCCUCGAGAUCGAGGAGCUACAGCGUCGAUUGCAGAGAGACGCAGCAUCUAUCGGUACAGACGGCACAGAUACGCAGCGCGCAGAGAUUGUCCGCAGGCGUAGCAACCUCAAGCUACGAAUAAAUGCAUGGCGAGGGUACCAAGACCUCUAUAUGCCAGGAGUGCUGCGUCUGCGGUCCGCAGACGAUUCGGACGCACCUCUUCAGCCAGAGAACACUCCCUUGUAUCUCCCUUCGGCCUUGGUUGGAAAUCCGCUUGUCGCGCCCACUCCUUCUCUGAAAGAAAUUGAGCGACGCCUCCGCCAUGCACAGGCCAAUGAUACACUGGACCAAUUACGGCGACACCUCCGCGCCCGGAGCCAUCUCUACAUGGUGAAGGACAGGGACGUUCGUGGGCAGAGAUACAAUACACGGUCACAGACUUACAUCAAGACUGUUGAAGCCCGAGUGCAGGCCGAUGCAGCUCGCUAUCGCGUUGCUCAUAGCGCCCUCCUCGCUAUGGAUCCACCGGACGAGCACGGCUGGCAGAAGUACUUCCGACCGUUGGAACAGAACGACGUCCGAGGAAUGAAGGACCCCGAAGAUGCACGGCAGUCAGAGGGAAGAAGGACACUGUCCUGGAUAUGGCGGACGUCCGCGUUCACCAGCAGUGAUGACAAUGACGACGACAAUGACGAGGAGGAUUAUGAAGCUGUGCGCAUCGAAUGGUGCAAAUCGCGGGCGCGCGCUCAUCGCUGGAGCGAGGAAUGCGAUCUUCUUCAAGAGGAAAUGCGACGUGUUAUAGCCUUUUUCAAGUGGCAGGGUAAGUGGUGGCUGCAGCAUGCAGAGGAUGACUCGAACACCGUCUGGACCAACGAGACCAGCACUUAUGCAGAUACAACAGAACAUGCUGAAGGCCGAGCUGCGUACGCUCGGCGCCAGGCUGACAUCCGUCACGCCUUAGUACAGCGUUGCGAGAAGACCUGGCAAUACGUAGAUCAGUACAUACAAACGGGUUGUAGCUUAGAGUUGUAG